AGGAGCAUUUCACCCGUAGAAACAUUAAUCUUUAUUGAAAUUGUGUCAUAUUUGUAGUAGAAAUUUAACACACACUUCAAAUGUGGUGCCUACUUGACCGAGAAUAGACAGAAAUUGACUUUAGGGUGUCAUUUGUAUAGAAUACCACAACUCCCACAAUGCACCACGAUGCACGGCUCCGCAAGCCACUCCCACUAAUCCAGAACACCGCCUACAAGACUUAUUCAUUUCACAGAAAACUUUUAUCGAGUUAGUUGGCGAAUUACUCCUCGUUUGUUUUUCUGUCAAAAUGGUGAAUUCUUGCAUGGUACAGGGAUGUUCAGUCAAAGCAAGGAAAGGGCAACAAGUAAGUUUUCAUUAUCUACCGAAAGAUACGGAGCGAUGCAAACAGUGGCUCAGGGUGAUAAAUCAUCCGUACUACUCGGAACACACACCCGCGGAAUAUUUGAAAAAACUAAAGGUUUGCAGUCUUCAUUUCAAAAAAGAAGACUUCCAAUUGAAUGUCUUGGGAAUGAAGAGAGUCGCUCUUUUGGACUCCGCCAUUCCGUCGGUGUUUACCUUUCCAGAAGACGAUGAACAACCGGGGCCAUCUGGACUUAGCAGCGCGAAACGCAUUCGCUUGGAGACUGAAACUGCGUCUGAUGCUGCUUUGCUAUCGUCGUCGUCGGAAGAUGAUGAACAACCGAUUACAACAUCAACACCUGUCAAGCAACCUACCCCUGUCCAAGCAGCACAGUUUUUGCCAAGUACACCUGGUGCCCUUGACACAAGUGCCAGCAGCAUUGAAGUUGGUUUCAUCGACGAAAGCUAUCAGCUUGAGUCGACCAUUACCCCCACAUCAUCAUCUUCGUCAUCAGAAGAUGAAGGUGGAAAAGACUGGCAUGAGAAGAAGGUUAUUGUCAAUGAAUCUAGCCUAAUGUCACUAUUUAAAUUCUGCCAGAUGUGUGGGAAACCUAUUUCUUCGAAGGACAUCUUUGAUAAUGGGGCACAGAGAAAAGUAAAAUGGACUUGUCUUGGGGGUCAUUCGGGGACUUGGACAUCUUCACCUGAUGUUAGAGGAAUGCCACAGGUGAAUCUCCUUUCUGCAGCAGCUGUUUUGUUCAAGGGUGGAACAUACACGGAACUGUCAGACUGGUGCACAACCAUGAGCAUCCAAAUGAUUUCACAAACGACAUUUUACACCAUUCAGAACGCAUACUUGCAUCCCGCUAUUGAGAACUUGUAUGAGGAGAGAAGAAAUGAAGUUUUGGCAAGAAUUUAUUUGGAACAGGAGGAUGGGAAGCGCCCACACUUGGCGGGCGAUGGCCGAUGUGACUCGCCAGGUUUCAAUGCAAAAUAUUGUCACUACACAUUUAUGCUAGACGAUACAAAGGAGAUAAUCCACACGGAGCUGGUGCAGUGUACAGAGGCCACCAGCUCUGGAGCCAUGGAGCCAUUAGGUUUUAGAAGGGGAAUGACAGAGCUUCUAGACUUGGGCCUUGACGUGGAGGUGAUGACAACGGACCGCUCGUCAUCAAUAAGGAAGAUAAUGAGGGAACAAUAUCAUAAUAUCCAGCACGAAUUCGACAUCUGGCACACAGCCAAAGGUUUCCGGAAUAAAAUACUGACGAAAGGGAAAAAAAAGGACACUGCAAUCCUUCUCGCAUGGACCAGGUCUAUCGUAAACCACAUGUGGUAUACCUGUGCCACAAGUAAGGGGAACAUAGAGGCACUGCAAAACCGUUGGAAAUCAAUUAUACACCAUGUUUGCAAUGAACACGAGUGGAGAGAUGAUGACGGAACACUGCAUCAGUGUGAUCAUCCUCCUCUUACUGCCCAGGACCAGAGGGGGCGAAUGUGGAUUGGCAAGGACUCGGUGGCAUUGCAGGCCCUGUCGUCACUGGUCCUAGACCAAAAACUGUUGAAAGACCUCAACCAGAUGGCACUCUUCAAACAUACUGGGCCACUGGAGAACUUUCAUAGUGCCAUGCUGAAAUACCUCCCCAAGCGGCAGGCCUUCUCAUACCAUGGGAUGAGGGAGAGGUGCCACCUUGCCAUCUUGGACCAUAAUGAAAACAUUGUGAAAAGGAGGCAAGCCACCACAGUGACAGGAGAAGAACGAUUCAAGCAGGUGUACUGCAAGAAAUCCAAGCAGUGGAUACUAAAAAAAGUCUACACACCACAUACCACAGACUUUGUCACAGAUUUAAUAGAGAAGGUCCUGGAAAAUAGACGGAAUCCAAACAUCCCAUUCAAAAUGGCGACCUCGUCACUUGCCCUGCCACAACCUGCGUUGCCACCCAACAUAGCCCCAAUACCGAAACCUUCAAAGGAGACUGCCAAAGAAUCAUUCCAAAGCCGAUUCUGAUACAUCACAUCGCACCCAACUCCAUCUCUCACUGCUCUGCCUCACCAGCUGUGCCUUUUUAUAUUCUGCCACCACUGUGUGUGUCUGUGUGUGUAUAUAUUUACAUUUUAUUUUUAUCUUGUUUAGUUUCUAUAACUACAUUCAUGCCCUUGCUAUUUAACUUUCUGAAUAUUUUAAUUAUUUAAUUUGUGAAUAAAACAAAACUUCUUAAAAA